AUGGCUGUAGUAUACAAAAAUUGUGUGACUUUUAGAAGCAAAUCAGACGAGGGCCGUUUUCUGACUCGUCAGUACACUCCAUCGAAGAUCGGAAAUGGAUAUUUUGAGAUACCGAUCAAAGUCUAUGAUGACGGAAGAUUCUCUCGAAUCGUCGCAACAUGGAAACUCGGCGAUAUGAUUGAUUGGAGAGGGCCAUAUGAUACGGAGCAUGAGUUUAACUUCAGAGGAAUGCCAUCGUUGUUGAUUGUUUGCGGAGGAACCGGGAUUGCACCCAUUCCCCGAAUUUUGGAGAGAAUCUUUGGAGAUGAACGAGUGGAAACAAGAGUCCGCUUGGUCUGUUGCUUCAGCGAUCCGUCGAGCGUGCUCUUUCGAGAGGAAAUCUCGAAAUGGACAACGAAUUGGAAUUGCCAGAUCGCGUGCUAUUUUAGCAGGAAAGAGGAAGAAGCCAAAUUGCCGUAUCUCGUCGAGGUGCACAAUGAAAGAUUCACCGAGGUGGCUUUCGAGGAACAACUCGAGAAAUUGGAUACUUUAUCUCCCCAUCCAACUCUGAUCGUUUGUGGUUCACUCGCCUUCGAAAAAGAUGUAAUCAAUUACGCGAUUCGACAAGGGAUUCCGAGUGAAAAAAGAAUUAGAUUUGCU